AGGUUUAGUAUAAGGAAGAAGGAGCUGCGACUGAUGCUGGUGUAGUACCGCGUAGAGUGUUAGUGAUCGCAACGAAUUCAUGGACACCUGAACGUUGUCUUUACCGAAAUAACUGAGGGCGUUGCGGAGCAUUUGCUCAUUGUAUAUUCAACAGAAGCAAUGGGAAGGCGUCAUGCUGGGCGAGAAUACUAUUUGGGCAUUUUGUUUUGGCUUGGGAUCUGGAUCUCAGGUGUGGCAACAAAAGGAGGUGAAAGCAGUGAUGCUCUUCCAGAGUCCAUCCCUUCUGUCCCAGGAACACUCCCACACUUUCUUGCAGAACCAGAUGAUGCCUACAUUGUCAAAAGCAACCCCAUUAAGCUCCACUGUCGAGCAAUGCCAGCUAUGCAGAUUUUCUUCAAGUGCAACGGGGAAUGGGUUCACCAAAACGAGCACAUGUCGGAAGAGAGCAUCGACGAGGGUACUGGACUGAAGAUCCGAGAGGUAAUGAUUAAUGUGUCCAGGCAACAGGUGGAAGAUUUCCAUGGCCCAGAAGACUACUGGUGCCAGUGUGUGGCAUGGAGCCACCUGGGGACCUCCAAGAGCCGCAAAGCCACAGUGCGCAUUGCAUAUUUACGGAAAAACUUUGAGCAAGACCCCCAAGGCCGAGAGGUACCUAUUGAGGGGAUGAUUGUGUUGCACUGCCGGCCUCCAGAAGGAGUUCCCAUGGCUGAGGUUGAAUGGUUGAAAAAUGAAGAACCUGUGAGUGCCCUCAACGAUGAUAACAUUGACACUCGAGCCAAUCACAAUCUCAUCAUUAAGCAGGCCCGCUUGUCAGAUUCUGGUAAUUACACCUGCCUAGCCAGCAACAUUGUGGCCAAGCGGAGGAGUGCAUCAGCCACUGUUGUGGUCUAUGUGAAUGGUGGAUGGUCCUUGUGGACUGAAUGGUCUGCCUGUAACGUGAGGUGUGGCAGAGGAUGGCAGAAACGGUCACGGACCUGCACAAAUCCAGCUCCCCUCAACGGAGGAGCAUUCUGUGAGGGGAUGUCUGUGCAGAAGAUCACCUGCUCAUCAGUGUGCCCAGUUGAUGGAAGCUGGGAUGUUUGGAGCGAGUGGUCCCUUUGCAGCCCUGAAUGUGAACGCCAGAGGAGCCGAGAAUGUAAUGCCCCUUCACCAAGACAUGGGGGCAAAUUUUGCGAAGGGCCUAGUCAGGAGACGGAAAACUGCACUGAGGGACUGUGCACUCAGAACCGAAAACUCCUGCACAAGGUGAAGCCUCCAACCAUAGACAGUGCCAGUGACGUGGCCCUUUAUGCAGGUCUGGCCGCUGGAGUCAUCGCUGUGGCAGUCUUGGUCAUCGCGGUCACUGUGUAUAGGAAGAGCCAGAGUGAAUACGGUGUGGAUGUCAUCGACUCCUCUGCCUUGACUGGCGGCUUCCAAUCCUUCAAUUUCAAAACAGCUCGACAAGGAAAUUCCCUCUUAUUAAACUCAUCCAUGCAGCCUGACCUGACGGUGAGCAGGACAUACAGUGGACCCAUCUGCUUUCAAGAUCCAAUGGACAAGGAAUUGAUGUCUGAAUCCGCCUUAUUUGACCCUCUACCUGACAUUAAAGUCAAAGUUCAAAGUUCAUUCAUGGUGUCCCUCAGUGUGGCAGACAGAGCAGAGUAUCACGUCAAGGCACAACCGGACACUUACCCUAGGGGCGUCAGCAGAGACUAUAACACCCUAAACAACAGGAAUAAAAGCCUUUUGCCUCCAGGUCUUUCAAAUGUGACGCUCAAACCUGAGCUUAGGACUGUGGGAAUUUUUGGCCAUCUUGGAGGACGACUUGUGGUCCCCAAUACUGGUGUCAGUCUGUUAGUUCCCCAUGGUGCCAUUAUGGAGGAUACUUCUUGGGAGAUGUACAUGAUCGUCAAUCAACAGGAGUCCAGUGUCUCCACUGAAGGAAGUUCUGAGAUUCUGCUGGGUCCUGAAGCAACCUAUGGUCCCCCAGGUCUGACCCUGUCCAGCCCUUUAGCUUUGACGAUAGCUCACUGCGCAGAGGUCAGCUCAGAGCACUGGAAUAUUCAUCUUCGCCGACAGACCACUGAGGGCAAGUGGGAGGAAGUGAUGUCAACCGAUGAAGAGAGUACUUCCUGUUACUGCCUUACAGACUCUCACUGCUGCCACCUGCUGCUGGAACAGCCUGGCACCUAUGCCCUGAUUGGUGAGCCACUGACUGAGUCUGCAGUGAAGAGGCUAAAACUGGCUAUUUUUGGGAGCAUGUCGUGCAAUGCGCUGGACUACAGUGUGCGGGUCUAUUGUGUGGACGAUACACCCCACGCCUUUCAGGGAGUUGUAGCAGCUGAAAAGAGCAAAGGGGGUCAACUACUGGAGGAACCAAAGACGCUGCUGUUUAAAGGAAACAGUUUUAACCUCCAGGUGUCAAUCCAAGAUGUUCCACAGUUUCUGUGGAAUAUCAAGCCCUUCACAACAUGUCAGGAAUUUCCCUUUUCUGAAGUGUGGUGCAGCAAUCAGAAGCCCCUGCACUGUGCCUUUUCUCUGGAGCGCUACAGCCCCUCCACCACACAGCUCUCGUGUAAGAUCAGUGUCCGGCAAGUGAAGGGCCAUGAGCAGAUCCUUCAGGUCUAUGCGUCUGUAGUCGAGAAUGAAAAGGAACUUAUUCCAUUCUUCGCCCAGGCGGACUGCACUGUGACCUCACAGACAGGGCCCAAGGCCUUCAAAAUCCCAUAUUCCAUCCGACAGAGAAUUUGCGCUACCUUUGACACAGCAAACGCCAAAGGAAAAGACUGGCAGCUGUUAGCGAAGAAGCUCAACAUCGAAAGAAACCUAUCAUAUUUUGCCAAACAGAAGAGCCCAUCAGCUGUCAUCCUGAACUUAUGGGAGGCACGCCAUCAGGACAACGGUGAUCUGGACUCAUUGGCAAGUGCACUGGAAGAGAUUGGAAAAAUCCAUGCCAAAAGCCCCAACAGCACUGAAGAUCUGACAGAAGAUUGCAGCUAAGGUGUUUCCACCCAUGAUGGAAAGAAGAACAAAAUGAGGACGAACAAGCAGAGAUUUGCUGUCUGUAAACUUCUGCUACAUCCAGGUCUAGCUGCAGUAGACGAAGAGAGGGAAAGAAACAACACUUCAGAGGUUCAAGGUGGAAAAUGGAAGUGGUGGCAGCUGGCUGGUAUGUGGCCAGGGCAGUCUGGCAGGAUCCUAGCUACCGGACAGACUGACUGUGGCACUCCGUGAGACAGAGAAAGGACUAACAAUGUUUUCUCAUUUCAGCUCCUGUCUCUGGGGUCCAAAGUUGAGGCCUCAGUACUCGGGAAAGCUUUUCUUUUACUGGCUUCACAUCUUUUGUUUUCAUUUUUUUUUCUUUCUUAUAAGGGACAGCUACUUCCUUCUACUAAGCUUCAGUCAUAUUUUAAGUAUUAGUAUGAACAGGUAUUUCCUGUGUUUAAUGUCGCAGUCACCAAGACAAGUGUUCCUUUAAUGCUAUUUUGCUGCCAGUUAAGGACGUCGAUUCAUAUGGCCUUGUAGAAUGGCCUGUCAGAUACUAAUCUACCCUUUAAGCUCCACACCCUUGGAAUUUGAAAAUCUUUAUCGGUGACAUUUACAGACAACAACCAAGAUUUCAGGUGUUACAUCUCCUGCCAGGAGCAAAUGACUGAAAAUGACAAAUUAAGAUUAAAGAAUAAUAUUGGACUGUUUCUGAGAGAUUAAAUUUGUUGCAUUUAUGUAAAGGGGAAACAAAGAGGUUGGGGAUGGCCAGCACUGUCCACUCACUAUAUUACUUUUCUUAUUCAACAAAAAGUUUUCUAUUCCCUUCAGGUCAUUUGUUAGGUCAGUCCCCCCAGCCACCCCAGGGCCUUUCUUUGCUCUUGCACCUCCAUCUACUUUUUCUUUCCUCUUCAGUAAUUUCACUUCUACGGUUUCUGGGUUUUUAUUACAAUAUGCUAAUUCUGGCAGAUGCAGAGGUAAUGCCUAAGGAGUAGUGUCCCUCCUCUGUGGAGCAUAUGAGACAGAAUAUUUUUAAUGGCGCCUCAUUUCAAAGAACCAUAAAGAGACUUACAUUUCAUUUUGAAAAUGUGUGGGCCUAAAAAGACUAAAAAAAGAUUCAACUGAAAAAAAAAGAAAUUCCAGUGUUACUAAUUUAUUGAUAACUAGAAAGCAACAGUUGUUAAUUGAUUGUCAGCAGCGUUAGUUACUUGAGCAUUAGCCUCAUAUGUGUUCUAGGAGGUGGUAAAAUGGUUAAAAUCUGAAGAUAGAGUGUGACUGCAGUCUGGCAUCCAGGCAGAUGGGGUCACCAACUGUUUAGCCCUUGGCGUCUGCUGCUCACAAAGUGUUUUGAAGUAGGAGUAUCUGGAGUGUGGCCGUGCGAACGGGUAGGAACUAGGAGUUGGGAUGCAUGCAAGUUCCCCAGUCAUGUCAGCAUCAUAGCAAGGACACCUUGCAUUCGGUUCAGGCGCGCUGUGUGUGUUCAUGCUCGUGAAUACUCAUCUUACUAAUAUUUUUUUCCCCCACUGAUUCUCAGUGCGGACAUGCUUUCAUUCCAUUUGUCUUUUGACCCAAGCUUUUACAAGAGAAUACACCACAGUUCAAGAAGCUACUGUAAUAAUAUAGAAGGAAGAAAAUGAAACGUGUCCUUUCUUUAGUACCUGGUGCAUUGGCCAUUUCGGCCCAGCUUUGGAAAUACCUGAGAGGAUCCCAAAAGAGUUUUUUGCAGCUGUUUUCACACCAAAGAUUUCACAUUCUUUGCUUCACUUUAAAGAGAUGCUGACCUCCAAAUCCAAUGCAGACAGAACAUCUUAUCCCCCACUUCUCCUACCCCCCCAGGACACAAUACUUCCUUAGAAAGGUGAUAUGGCUCUUCUAAUCUAUAGCCUUGGGGUAGACUUAUAGUCUCCAAAAACUCUCUGGAGGCUAUUCAGGCCGGGAACACAAAAGCAUUUGUGUUAUAUUGUAAGUCUUAUCCAGUAUUUGACUUUUCAGAAACCAAAAUUUGGGAAGGCUACAAAUGUAAUCAUAUAAAAGUAUAAAAGCAGUAAUAAUGGCAUUUCUUACAGCUCUUUGAUUUAUUUUGAUGGUGUAUUCUAUUUGAUUGUGUACAACAAUCAUGUCAUAUGCACCAAGCAUCUAAUGAACAUUUCAACUGAUUGCAAUCAUUAACAGUAUAUGUCCCGUAAUGAAUGCCACCCGCCUAUCCCACCACCCCUCAUCGCCCAACACCCUGAGCUGCAUCUUUAGUGAAUCUAAUAGUACUUACAUUAUCUAGCAAUUUUAUGUAAUGAGCACUUUCACAGAUCUGUACACUGUAUUUAAGAACAGUAGUUCAUAAACAAAAGGAAUCUAGCAAUGCAUUAAGAAUGCAAAGAAUGGAGUAAUUAUAUAGCAAAAAAAUGUAAAAUAAAAUAGGGUCCUUAAGUAUAUAUUAGGAAAGGAGUGGACUGAUUAAUGUCCAUCCACCUCAUUUGCUCAACCUGCUUUUUUCAUUUUAAGCAUUUGAGGAUAAUAAUAAUAAUUCUUUGCAUUUAUAUAGCGCUUUUCUCACUACUCAAAGCGCUCAGCAAUUGCAUCUGAACUUAUUCUAACAGCGCCAGGCAUAAGGCAGGAACCAGCCCUGGGUGGCAUGGAGCUCCUUUGCUGGACCCACACUCAUUCUUUGGACCAUAGUGUACAUCAUUAUGAAGGUGGGUGAAAACUGGGCCGGAACGUGGAUGUCAUGGGCCUAGUGGCAUUAAUGUAUUUUGAGGAGUCAACUGUCAACUCUUUCAUUUUCCAAACCUGCCUAUUCCACCUAUGGGGUUGUUCAGGAUGAGGUCUAUGCUGAUAGAACUAAAUGAAAGAAAAUGGCCACCCAUCACAGAUAUCCCCCACAUUUAUUCUUGUUGAGCCAAAUUAUUUUUACCAGUCAUCCUAAAUAAUUCUUCAGGUGGUGGCAGGUGUCCCAGUAGUUAGCACAGCUGGCUCACAGCUCCAGUGUCUUUACUGGUUUCCUUCUGGAAGCUCCAGCUUUGCUGUCACAUCCCCAAAUUUCUGUGUGUUACAUUGGAUGGGAAUUCUAAACUGGCCCGGCAUGAGUGAGUAAUGGAGUGUGUAUGUGUGUCUGUCCAUGUGUGUUUGUAUACAUUGUCAGUCACUGGUAUCUACUGUUAUUGAUCCAUGCAUGUAGAAAUUUCAAUUUAAUAUUUUCCCCUGACAAUAUAGCCCUAUUUGGACAGGAUUUGUUUUACACCAAGAGGUGGCGUAAAGUAAUUAUUAUCAUCGGACCUCUUUAAUUUUACUCCCGUUCAAUCACUCAAAUGACAGAAAUUUUACAGACAUUUCAAUUGGCACACUACUGUUUUUACCUAGGGUGGUUUUUUACAGACUUUUUAUGGACAUAAACGGCUCCGUAAUCUUUACUGAGAUGUGAUGAAGUCUGUAAAAAGUUUCUGACACGAGCAAUUCAGAGAGGACUAAAAUUUCAGAGGUCUGCCUUUCUGAUUAGGGCUCAAGCUUGAAUGUAAACAUAGAAACUGAAGUAUCCAGAGAAAACACAGGAUGAUAUUCAAACCAGACGCAGAUUUUGCCAAGUCAAAAUUUAAAACCAUCUUGACAAUGGAAUAAAGAGUUAAAAUAUUAAGUGAAAGUAAAUCUUAACCUGAAUUUUCACAUAACAUCACUAGAAUUACAUUGAAAUAUGUGAGUAUGGCUGUGCAUGAGUGCGUCCUGCAAACCUGGCACACCAUCUGGGUUUGGCUGCCAGGAUAGAUGGCACAGUCUGAAUUAGAUUUAAAAAAAAAUUAGAAAAUGGAUGAAUGGACAAAACAGCAGGUGACAGCCCAUUGGGAUAGGAGAAGAAUGUGCCAAAAGAACACCUUAGCACCUGCCACUGUGCCACUCAUAGUUUGAUCUUAAAAAGUGAAUGCUGUAGAAGAGGCAGGACUAAGUGAGGUCCUCUGUUUUUAUUCAAGUUAAGCCAGUUUGCAGGCUGCUGGGUCCAUUCUUUGGCCCAUUUUAUGAGGUGACCUUUAUUUCUGUCACAUUUUUUCUGUUUAGUUUUCACUGGGCUAAAGUUUCCCAGGGUCAUCUGUUCAGCACAAAUAUAGUUUCAGUUUAGGAUUUUCUUUUUUUACACUGUGGCUAGUAUUAUUUUUGACUGCAGGUCCAUCUAUAAGGGCCAGCGAAUGAAGUUAACAGUUCACAACUCUCAAAACUACGACUCGUGCUAACACUAGCUCACACCUGACAAACUGCUGUGCCUCCAGGCUGGGGGCCCCUCGCCUUCCAUUCUGUACCUGUAUCUGUGUGUAACAGUGCUUCUGGUCCACCUGCUCACCGUUCCCUUUUCCACUUUGUUCCUCCUUGCCAUCCCGCCUUUUUCCUUCACUUGAUGGUAUUGAAUUUCUAGAAUGCUGCAAAGGUGUUUGUCACGAAGUCCGGUCAUGGCUUGUAAUCCCACUUCUUGUGCCUUGUAUAACUACUGUAAAUUAUGAAUGUUGUACAGCUUAAGACUGGGUUGUAUCAAAUUAAGAGAGAGAAAAAUAAAAUGAAAAGAAAAAAAAACAAAACUAAAGACGACAAAGUCGUACCAGAGGCUGCACCCAGCUUUACUUUUUUUUUUAGCGCUGAACCUCUUUGUUUGGUCAUGCCAGGCAGCUGUGAGUUAUAAUGUAUGUAUAAUUAUGAACAGAAUGGAUGUUACAUGUACAGUAGAGAUUGCCAAUGUAUAUGACUGCAGCCUUUUGAAAUAAAUUAAAUAAAUGUACAGUUGAAACAUAUUUUAAUUGAA